AUGACACAAUUGAGUGUCAAAAUCACAUCAAAAUGUCAGACAACAACCCUGUCCAAUAUUAAGAUUAAUAUUCUGCGGAGAUGUCGAAAGAGCAUUUCGCAUUAUGAUAAAAACAAAUAUUUGUUUAAAAAUUCAAUGAAAAGCGUCAGGAAAAGGAAAGACUCAAAUUUCCGACAUCAUUCUGGAGAAAAUAAAACCUUGAAAGUUUGA